GACAUUUGACAGACAGCUGUUCCCAAAGUUUAAAAUUUGUUUCCGGUUUUACCUUUGAGAAAAAUGGAAAUUAUAAAAGAUGCAUCUAUUUUGCACUUUAUUUCGGACGUUUUAAGUAUAAUCACCAUUUCUACGUGUUUUAUCCUGAAAAUUCCACAAAUUUUGAGCAUUCUGAAGGUUAAGAAUGCAAACGGCAUUAACCUUGUUGGAUUAUUAAUGGAAUUAACAAGUUACACCAUAAUGUUUUCAUACAAUUUCCGUAAUCGUUACGCUCUUCUAUCAUACAUGGAGUACCCCAUUAUUCUCAUACAAGAAAUAAUUUUAAUAGUAUUUGUUAUGUACUACAAAAGUUGUUUAAACGCCUAUAGUAUGAUAGGUGCAGUUGUUUAUGGGUUAAUUGCGGCUGGGCUUUUACUAGGCACAGUCCCACAAGGUGUUAUAGCUUUUCUUGUGCCUCUUUGCACACCUAUAGGGGCUUCAUCAAAAGUUGUACAAUUAUUGGAAAUCUUAAGAACAAAAAAUUCUGAGUCAGUUAGUGUUCUUACUUGGUUCAUAUCAGCGUUUACAAACUUCACACGAGUUUUUACCAUUUCGGUGGAUUCAGCCGACUUAACACUCCUUUUAAACUUUGGAGUUAACGUUGUUUUAAGUUCUUCUGUAAUGAUAGCUGCUUACGUAUAUAAACAUCCCAAAAAAGACUAAGACGGGUAUUAGAAUGCUACCUAAAUUCGUUAUAUAAUUAUAUUAUUAAAGUUUUGUUUAUAGUGUGAAUAGAUUCUAUGUAGUGAUAGGGUGGUUUAACGAAGUAUAAAGCGAUAUUAGGACAUCAUGGAUUUUUUAAAGUUAAGUCACCCCUAAAUUGACUUCCACUUGUUUGUUAACUUGUUAAUAAUUUAGUGACAGUUUAAUGAGGAGAGUUAGCUGUUAUUUUAUAUACCUUGUUUAUGUGAUAGUUUAGCAUAUUUAUAUUUUAUUCUAAGGGCAAUCAUUGUCUACUCAGGUAUACCUAUUGUUUUAAAUAUAUUUUAAUUGUUUAUCACACUGAAAAUAUUUAAAUUGGUAUUUUGUUGUAAAGGCAUUUAUUAUUUUAUUAGUAACAUUUUAUUCACUUUUCUUCUGAUUUGAAAUAUAAAUAUCGUUUGUUGAUCAGAGUUGUUAAGAUUUUUAUAAAUAAAUAUCAAUAUUAUUAACAACCAAGUAAAUACAAAAGUGGGAUAAAAAUAAAGUAUCUAUCGUUUUAUGUUUUUUUUUCUAGAAGUUCAAAAUGAAGAACAAAUGUUACAAUUCUGUAAUUCGCCUAAUGCUACUCGUAUCUUAGAUCAAAGUAAAAGUCAGUUUUCUUUAUCGAAGAAAUUUUAUAAUUUUGCUUUAAUAAAAAAUGUUAAAUUUUGUAAACUUAUUGUUGCUUUUGUUGAUUAAAAUUAAAUUUCAAGCAAGCUAUUUUUAUGUAAUAUCAAUUUUUUUUAAUGUCAAAUUACUAGAAAUACGUACCUAAUAUUAUUUUCUUUCUCCAUAUUGCUUCAAAAUUUCUGGUGGUGUAAAAUUCUAUUUAUAAAUCUGAGAAACUGUCUAAAGCAAUUUGAGACACAUUUUUACUUUAUGUAAAGAGGGAACUAGUAAUUUUCAUUAAAUUUGACCAUUGUUUAGGUCACACAUCUUUCUUGGUUAAUGAAGAAAGUUUAACGUGAAAUACUAUCUAUAAGUAAUUAAAUUUUUACUUUAAUUUACAAGCACACCGUUUUCACCAAAUUGAUUAGUUCCUCUCAGUUAAUUACAAACAACAAAUUAAAUUUCAAAGCAGAAAAAUCAAAACUAUUUUUACCUGAUUGGGAUACCGGAUGCUCCACAUAUAAUUUAUUCAAGAAUGCCGUUGUUGCAAUAAGUAUUUGUGCAAUUAUCAAGUUUAGAUUUUAAAAGACAUUAUUUUAAUGUAAAAUUAUAUUUUUGUAUGAGGACUGUUAUAGUUUCAACUGUUAAAUAAAAUCAUAAAAAUCAA